AUGGACGUCACAAACGACAAUCUACAAGAGCUGAAGUAUCGGCUGGAGGAUGCUACAAUCAAGUGCUCGGAGCGAUGUCUUUACCAAUCGUCGAAGUGGGCAGCAGAGAUGCUUGACUCUCUUUCACCAAUUGAUCACGAAGAGACAGACCCCGAAUCUCCGAUGGAGAUCACAGAUCCCAUACCCCCUCCCAUCAACCCAUACCUACGACCCCAAGACCCCACCGAGGCCGCCCUCGAAAUCCAAGAAACUCACAAAUACCUUCUCGCGAAAUCCUACUUUGACACUCGCGAAUAUGAUCGCUGCGCAGCCGUAUUUCUACCACCAAAUACCCCUCCUGUUCCGCUCUCCCUGACCUCUCCUAACUCAAAACCAAAACAACCACUACAUUCGCUAAAAGGCAAGGACAAGGCGUCCCCAUUCCUCGGCUCCAAGGGCCCUGUCGCGCGGAAUCCAUACCCGAGACUUAGUCAGAAGUCAUUGUUUCUUGCGCUUUAUGCCAAAUAUCUAGCCGGGGAGAAACGCAAGAAUGAAGAGACCGAGAUGGUACUUGGUCCAGCGGAUGGUGGGAUGGCGGUCAACAGAGAACUCCCGGAUCUUGCCCGAGGCUUAGAAGGAUGGCUGAUGGAACGUAGCUCAAAAGGGCUGGAUGAUAAAGGACAGGGCUGGCUGGAAUAUCUCUAUGCGGUCAUUUUGCUCAAAGGACGAAAUGAAGAGUUGGCCAAAAAGUGGUUGCUUCGAAGUGUGCAUCAGAACCCAUUCCACUGGGGGCCAUGGCAAGAGCUUAAUGAUCUCUUGGCAAGCACCGAGGAUCUGAAACAAAUCGUGGACCACCUGCCUCAAAAUAUCAUGACUCUCAUAUUCCACGUUUACUGCAGCCAGGAACUAUACCAGGCCACGGAAGAUACAUACCAGGCUCUUUCAGAGCUUGAGUCAAUCUUUCCCACCAGUGCAUUUUUGAAGACCCAAAGAGCACUUCUUUAUUACCACUCCAAAGAUUUCGAGGAAGCAUCCGCUAUUUUCACUGAUAUCCUAGCCACAUCACCCCACCGCUUGGAUAGUCUCGACCAUUACUCUAACAUUUUGUAUGUCAUGAAUGAGCGACCACGCCUGGCCUUUGUCGCGCAAAUCGCCACCGCAACAGACAAAUUUCGCCCAGAAACAUGCUGCGUCGUAGGCAACUACUACUCUCUCAAAUCAGAACAUGAAAAGGCCGUUAUGUACUUCCGUCGUGCAUUAACAUUGGACCGAAACUUCCUCUCGGCCUGGACUCUGAUGGGCCAUGAGUACAUCGAGAUGAAAAACACCCAUACUGCUAUUGAAUCGUAUCGCCGGGCCGUCGAUGUUAACCGAAAAGACUAUCGUGCCUGGUAUGGUUUGGGUCAAGCUUAUGAAGUGCUUGAUAUGUCCUUCUACGCUCUUUUUUACUACCAACGUGCCGCCGCCCUUCGCCCCUACGACCCGAAGAUGUGGCAAGCCGUCGGCUCAUGCUAUGCGAAGAUGGGCCGAGUCGAGCAAAGUAUCCAGGCACUUAAACGUGCGCUUGUGGCCGGGUCUUACUAUGCAGACGACACCGCACCAAGCGCAAGCCCUGGCGCGAGCACUCGCAAAGUGCUCGACCCCGAAACUCUGCACCAGAUCGCGACACUAUAUGAGCGUCUCGGUGAUGAGGAGGAAGCGGCUGCGUAUAUGGAACUAACUCUCCAACAAGAAACAGGCGGCGCGCCUGUCCAAGAUGAGAACUCCGAAGAUGACGAGUAUUCGUCUGCUUCGGAGAAUGCCGCUCAAAGCGACGGGGAACAUUCUGGCGACGAUGAUGCCGACAAUAUGCCUCAUUCUCGUCGUCGACAAAAGCCCCGUACAUCAUCCUUCGCGAUGCAAAACGAUGACUCUAAUGCGGGAGAGACGUGGCACCAGCCCACGGCCACUACAUCGAAGGCGCGUCUCUGGCUGGCUCAGCAUGCCUUGCGACACGAGGACCUGGAACGGGCAGAUCAGUUGGCGAGCGAGCUAUGUCAGGAUGGUAUGGAGGUGGAAGAAGCAAAGGCUAUCAUGCGAGACGUUCGUGCGCGGAGAGAGGAAGCAGGGUAG